GAGUCUCCCGAGCCUCCCAGCCCAGAGACCGACCUGUACGAGAUCCUAGGCGUCUCGAGCGAUGCUCCCGCAGACCAGAUCAAGUCGGCCUAUCGGAAACAGGCGCUCAAGCACCAUCCUGACAAGGUCCCAGCCGACGAGCGAGAUGAAGCAAACAAGACGUUCCAGCAGAUUGCUUUCGCCUACGCCAUCCUCUCCGACGGGAAGCGCCGCGAGCGCUACGACCUGACCGGCAGCACCAGCGAGGCGGUCGACGUCGACGAGGAUUUCAACUGGGCGGAUUUCUACCGCGAGCAGUUCUCCAGCGCCAUUGACACCAGCGCCAUCGACAAGCUGAAGCACGAGUAUCAGGGCUCCGAGGAGGAGGCGCGCGACGUGCUGACGGCGUAUGAGACCUACCGGGGGGACUUGGAUAAGGUCUACGAGUCGGUGCUGCUCUGCAAUGUCCUGGAUGACGAUGAGCGCUUCCGGGCCAUCAUCGACCGCGCCAUCGCGGAGGGCCGCGCGAAGAAGCACAAGAGCUACGUGGAGGAGCCGGCGAAGAAGCGCGAGCGGCGAGUGAAACGAGCCCAGAAGGAGGCCAAGGAGGCGGAGGCGUUGGCAGCGGAGGUCGAGGAGAAGCAUUCGGUCAAGAAGAACGGCAAGGGCGGCAAGAAGACCUCGAAAAAGAACGAUGGUGCCAUGGGGGACAACGAGCUGUUGAAGAUGAUUCAGCAACGGCAGGCCACGCGGGCGGAGGCCUUCUUCGAUCGAUUGGAGCAGCAGUACGGCCAACCCGGUCGAAAGCGGGCGGCCAAGAUGGACGAACCCCCGGAGGAGGCCUUUGUAGCUACUGCAGCGCGAAAGACAGCCAAGAAGAAGAGAAAAACAGAUGCCUAG